GGGCCAGGGCUUUGUCACCAGUCAGGAGCUUCACGUAAAUGAAACUGGUUGGACAAAACCACACCUCUUUACCUCUUCAGGUGUUUUUCCACAUACUGUAACCCAUAGACUUUGUAUUACAAGUCCAACCAUCAAAAGAUCGCUCGGUGAGAGAAGUUGGGGCUUUACCGCGUUCACUGUGCUCUUCUUAGCCAGCUCAGCUUGAAGGAGACUUCAGCCUUGAGACACAGUUUGAACCAUGAUAAACAAAUCCCCAGAAGAAAUCAAGGAGGAAUUUCUGUCAUUCAUUAAAGAAGAUGCUGUGGACCUCAGUGAAAUAUCACAUUUUGUAAAGUGUAAUUGCAACUCAACGAUUCCUCUUCUAAAACCAAGAGGUUAUACACUGAGAAUUUGUGGCCUCGAUGGAACAGUGUUCGAAGGGGAUGAAGAGCAGCUUGAAGCCUGGAAAGAUUUUUACCUCCCAGAAUCGAUGGAAAUGGAGGUGAUUGGAGCCAUUGAUGAAUUCCCAUGUGAUGCAUUUGGACUGCAGUUGGUGCUUUUGUUGGGUGAGGAUGGAAGUGUCUUUGCCUAUGAGGAUGAGAUUUUGCACCUCGUAGCCAAGAGUUUGAGGGACCUGUUCCAAUGUGAAAUGUUUUUUCCUGGAAUAAAGACCUUCAAGAUUGGAGAAUGUUUUGAUGAGCCGACUGAGGAAGAAUACCGUGAAAUGAUGGAAAGCGAUGAGGUCAAAGCAAUAAAGAAACAACACGAGGAUUUCAGAGCAUCUCUGGAGCACGACUUGCUAAAUAUCAUGAAUGAAAUCGCAGAGAGCCGUAAUAACAACCAGCUGGAUGAUAACCACUCAGGAUUCAAAAAUGGCCACUCAACCAAGACUGCCUUGGUGUCGUUCACCAAAUCAUCAGUUCUGAUUCUGCCAGAUCAGUCUGCAGCCUUUGACACUGUUAACCAUCAGCAUCUUCUGUCCAUCCUCCCAUCACUUGGCAUUACAAGAUUCUUCCUAUACAAUACAUCGCUGGGACCGAUUCUGGCAGACAGUUUCUCUUGCCAAUUCAAUGCUGAUGACACACAGCUCUGCUUUUUAUUUCAACCAGACGAUCCCAGGGUACAGAUACAGAUAGAGGAAUUCCUAGAGGAAGUCUUGGCACGGGUGAAAUCUAAUCAUAAUCUGGAACUCAAUUGUACCAACCAGCUAGGUCCAUCAACAAUAAUCUCAUCCAGUUUGGCCGGAAAAUAUGGAGUAAUCUGGCUGACCUUCAAAAGACACAGAAGACACUUUACAACAACAGUUGAAAGCAGGAUUUCUCUGUACAACAAAGCAAUGUUACAAGUCAAGUCAAGUCAAAUUUAUUUAUAUAGCGUUUUACAAUUGGUAAUUGUUUCAAAGCAGCUUUACAUAUUAGAAGCACAGAAAAAAAGAGAAGUGGUUAAAAAUAAGAUGUACAAGCAAGCGAGGCAACUAGCAAUUAAGGUGCAUAUCCACCACCUGCUGUACUAA